CAUCCCGUGUGCCCCGGUCUUCUCCCUCUCUCUCUCUCUCUCUCCGUCUCUGUCUCUGUUUCUCUCUCUGGUUCGGCCAUGGUGAAGGUCAUGGCAACGGCAAUGGCGUUGGUGUUGGCGUUCCUUCUCGCCGCCGGCGUAGGGCUGUCGGAGGGUGCUGUCUACAAGGUUGGGGAUGCCACCGGAUGGACCAUCAUGGGGAGCCCGAACUACACCGCCUGGGCGUUGUCCAAGAAAUUCGAAGUGGGAGACACCAUUGUGUUUGAGUACAACAAAAGCUUCCACAACGUGCUUGAGGUGAGCAAGGCCGACUACCACUCCUGCAAUGCAGCAUCGCCCAUGGCCACAUUUGCCACCGGUAAUGACACCAUCACGAUCAAGACCAAGGGCCACCGCUACUUCAUCUGUGGCAUCCCUGGACACUGCAGCGGUGGCCAGAAGGUGGACAUCAAGAUCUCCAAGUCUGCCUCCUCUGCUGCCCCUUCCACCUCGCCCACCGCAUCUCCUUCCCCCUCCCCUGCUGCCUCAACUCCCGGUGGUGGUAGUGGAGGCAUCUCCACUCCGGCAGCCACCCCUGGAGCUAACAGCGGCACAAGAGCUCUUCCAGGGUUGAUUGCUGUUGCUCUUUCUGUGUUUGCAUCUGCUGCUGUCUCCGGUGGCCUUGCCAUGAAUUAUUAGUCGUGAGACUGUGAGAGAUAAUAAGAUUUGAUUAGUUUGGUAUUGAACCAUAUGGCAGGAGUUGUUCUUUCUUAUGACCAUGGCUAGUUUAUUUGAGAACUUGUUAAAGGAUCUAUUGGAUUUAUUUGCAUGGUUCCUAAUAUUAUCAAUGUCUGGCUACAUGUUUUAUUUGCAUA